AUGGUGACCCAAUUGCUGAAAGAUUUGGCUGAAGCCAAAAUGUGGCCGAUCAAAUUGGCAGGAGUGAAGUGUCAGGAGACCUUGCGUGACACGCUCACAGUGCAAGCCAGUGCUUUGGAACAGGGCUACUUCGAGCUGAAAGCUAUGUGGGAUGCCUAUAACAAGGCGUGA